AUGUCCUCAGUGGCUCAGGACUCAAGCCCUUCCCUGCUGGCUGUGUCGCUCUGGAACUCUGGGAAGGUGGGUUCCCCAGGCCCCUUCCUGCAACUGCUCCUGGGGGUGAUACUGAGAGCAAAUGUUCAUGAGGCCAAGCAGAUGUACCCGUCUGGACCAGGGCAGGAGGCCACACCUUCCCCUCCUGGGGCUGCCACUGUGGCCGAGGAGGCUGGGAAUUCAAUAGGCUCUCAGCAAAUAGCAGAGGAAGCAGCACCCCUACGUUCUGAGGAGGUGCCCCUCUGCCACAGCAUGGUGGAGCAUCAUUUCUCCACCAAGUUCAAGCCCAAACCCUACACGGUGGGCGAGCAUCAUGUCUACACCACAGGGAGCUUACCCUUGCAAUAUGGGGGAUCAGCACCCUAUGCUAGAGAAAUUUUCCCCUUCGUCCAGCCUUCUCUGCGUGUUUCAAAUCUUCAGCGUCUCCUGGAGCCCUCCCCUCCAGUUCAGUAUGGCUGGGGACCCCCUUUUGCUCAUUCUCUGCAUAGCUACAUGGUGCCCCUGCUGAACGCAGGACCCACCAGCCGCGCUGCUGCCCGUCAGUACUCAGGGACCCCCCCACCUCCAGCGAGUGGUGGGACUAACGCGUCCCAGCACCAGGACAGCCAGCGCGCACGUGCCCAGGGCGCCCCGUCCCCGCCUCCCCGGCUCCCUCUGCCGAGCGGCUCAGACUGCACUGGGCGGCCCCCCGCGCCCGGCUCUCUGCCGCCCUCCGCGCCCCUCGCAGAGCCCGGCCCGCGGCUGCCCAUCAGCCUGGACCCGCGCGUCUCCAUCUACAGCACGCGGCGCCCGCUGCUGGCGCGCACCCACGUCCAGGGCCGCGUCUACAACUUCCUCGAGCGUCCUACCGGCUGGAAGUGCUUCGUCUACCACUUCACCGUCUUCCUCAUCGUCCUGGCCUGCCUCAUCUUCAGUGUCCUGUCCACCAUCGAGCAGUAUGUCGCACUGGCUACAGGGACCCUCUUCUGGAUGGAGAUCGUCCUGGUGGUCUUCUUCGGUACGGAGUACGUGGUGCGUCUCUGGUCUGCUGGCUGCCGCAGCAAGUACGUGGGCGUGUGGGGGCGGCUGCGCUUCGCCCGGAAGCCCAUUUCCAUCAUCGACCUCAUUGUGGUUGUGGCCUCCAUGGUGGUCCUGUGCGUGGGCUCCAAGGGACAGGUGUUUGCCACCUCGGCCAUCAGGGGCAUCCGCUUCCUGCAGAUCCUGAGAAUGCUGCACGUGGACCGCCAGGGCGGCACCUGGAGGCUUCUGGGAUCUGUGGUCUUCAUCCACCGCCAGGAGCUGAUCACCACUCUGUACAUUGGCUUCCUGGGCCUCAUCUUCUCCUCCUACUUCGUUUACUUGGCUGAGAAAGAUGCUGUGAACGAGUCGGGCCGUGUGGAGUUCGGCAGCUACGCUGAUGCACUGUGGUGGGGCGUGGUCACGGUCACUACCAUCGGCUAUGGGGACAAGGUGCCUCAGACCUGGGUGGGCAAGACCAUCGCCUCCUGCUUCUCCGUCUUCGCCAUAUCCUUCUUCGCUCUCCCAGCGGGUAUCCUCGGCUCUGGCUUCGCCCUGAAGGUCCAGCAGAAGCAGCGGCAGAAGCACUUCAACCGACAGAUCCCUGCAGCUGCCUCGCUUAUCCAGACCGCAUGGAGGUGUUACGCGGCCGAGAACCCCGAGUCGUCAACCUGGAAGAUCUAUGUGCGGAAACCCCCCCGCAGUCAUGCUCUGCUGUCCCCCAGCCCCAAGCCCAAGAAGUCCGUCAUGGUCAAGAAGAAGAAAUUCAAGCUGGAGCGGGAUAACGGGGUGAGUUCCGGAGAGAAGAUGCUCACGGUCCCGCACAUCACCUGCGACCCGGCCACUGAGGACCGCAGGGCUGACCACAUCUCCCUCGAUGGCUGUGACAGCGCUGUAAAGAAGAGCCCCAUGCUGCUGGACGUGAGCACGCCCCACUUCAUGCGGACCAACAGCUUUGCGGAGGACCUGGACCUGGAAGGGGAGACUCUGCUGGCACCCAUCACCCACAUCUCACAGCUCCGGGAGCACCAUCGGAUCACUAUCAAGGUCAUCCGACGCAUGCAGUACUUUGUGGCCAAGAAGAAGUUCCAGCAAGCACGGAAGCCGUAUGAUGUACGGGAUGUCAUUGAGCAGUACUCACAGGGCCACCUCAACCUGAUGGUGAGGAUCAAAGAGCUUCAGAGAAGGCUGGAUCAGUCCAUCGGGAAGCCUUCCCUGUUCAUCUCCAUCUCAGAGAAGAACAAAGACCGGGGCAACAACACCAUCGGGGCCCGUCUAAACCGGAUGGAGGACAAGGUGACUCAGCUGGACCAGAGGCUGGUGCUCAUCACAGAGCUGCUGCAGCAGCUGCUUGCCCUGCAGUCAGGAGGCACCUCCGGCGGCGGCGGGGCCCGGGCGCUCCGGCCCGUCAGCAGCAGCCUCAGUCCCGAGCUCUUCCUGCCCAGCAACUCUCUGCCCACCUACGAGCAGCUGACCGUGCCCCACAGGGCUGACGAUGAGGGAUCCUGA